CUCCGAAUCAUUUCCACUUACCGUCAUUCCAUAACACCAUCACUUUGAACUUCAUCACUAUAUCUGUCUGCCUAACAUGGCUGAUACAGGUAAAGAUGCAAAGCUGUUUCAGCGUGGAAAGGUGCAAGAGUUACGAGCAGAACUAUUAUCGGAUAAAAAGGAUAAAGGAUGGGUAAGAAGGAAAACAGUAUUGAAAAAGAUUAUCGCAAAUGCAACGUUGGGAAAUGAUAUGAGCCCGUUAUUCGCUGAUGUGGUAGCAUGUAUGAACAUUCAAGUUUUGGAAAUCAAAAAGAUGGUUUAUCUCUAUUUGAUCAAUUAUGGACGAUCGAAACCCGAUUUGGUACCAGAAGCAAUACCUGGUUUCUUGUCCGAUUGCAAUGAUCGAAAUCCUCUCAUUCGCGCUUUGGCUAUCCGAACAAUGUCAUACAUCCCCGUUCCAGCCGUCUUGCAAGCUCUUAUCGAUCCACUACGGCAUUCUCUCAAAGAUUCAGAUCCAUACGUACGCAAGACAGCAGCAAUCUGUGUUGCUAAGCUAUACAUGCACGAUCAUAGGCUGGUAGAUAGGCAAGGCUUUAUUGGAAUGCUGCGUGAUCUAUUGGCCGAUGGAAAUCCAACUGUUGUCGCAAAUGCAGUUGCCGCUUUAGUAGAAAUCUCAGAACGCAGCGAUAACAUCCAACUGAAACUAAACCUAACGGUUGCGAGCAAAUUGGUCAGCGCUUUACCUGAUUGUUCAGAAUGGGGACAAACAUACAUCUUGGAAGCUUUGAUGUUCUUUGUACCAAAAGAUUAUGCAGAUGCGGAGAUUCUGGCUGAACGAAUCGCAAUCAGACUACAACAUGCGAAUUCAGCAGUCGUGCUUACUGCAACAAAAGUGAUUCUCUAUUUGAUGAACUACAUUGCUUCGGCAGAAUUCAGGGAAAGCCUUUGCAAGAAGCUAAGCCCCCCAUUGGUAACGCUACUUUCCUCCGGUCCCGAAGUGCAGUAUGUGGCCCUGCGUAAUAUUCUACUCGUCAUCCAAAGAAGGCCAAUUGUUCUACAGAAUGAAGUCAAGAUCUUCUUCUGUAAGUAUAAUGACCCAGUAUACGUCAAGAUGGCCAAAUUGGAAAUCAUGUAUCGACUGGCGAACGAGCGAAAUGUCGAGCAAGUUUUGGCAGAAUUGCGAGAAUAUGCAACCGAGGUGGACGUGGAUUUCGUACGAAAGGCAGUUCGGUCGAUUGGACGAUUGGCAAUCAAGAUUGAAUCAGCCGCUGAUCGUUGUAUCUCAACAUUGCUCACUCUAAUUCAAACAAAAGUGAAUUAUGUGGUACAAGAAGCAAUUGUGGUUAUCAAGGAUAUCUUCCGCAAAUAUCCCAAUCGAUAUGAAUCGGUCAUUGCUACAUUAUGCGAGAAUUUGGACAGCUUGGAUGAACCUGAAGCAAAAGCGGCAAUGAUUUGGAUUAUAGGUCAAUACGCUGAUCGCAUCGAAAAUAGUGACGAACUAUUAGAAGACUUUUUGUAUACCUUCUUGGAAGAGCCGGUCGAAGUGCAAUUGGCCUUGUUGACAGCAACUGUCAAAUUGUUCUUGAAGCGUCCAACGGUAGGAGGCGAGCUGGUGCCAAAAGUGCUGAAGUGGGCCACGGAAGAAGUUGAUAAUCCUGAUUGUCGUGAUAGAGGAUUUAUCUAUUGGAGAUUGCUUUCCACCGAUCCAGCAGCAGCGAGAAAGAUUGUGUUGGCUGACAAACCUGCAAUUAGCACGGAAACGGAUCGAAUGGAUAGACAAUUAUUAGAUCAACUUUUGUUGCAUGGUGCAACUUUGGCAAGCAUUUUUCACAGACAACCACAAACAUUUAUCAGAGGAACAAAAGCACGAUAUAUGCCAGAUUCUCCUGCUUUAGAUGAAUCGGCUAGGAGACAUGCUUCUUCUCAUAUUUAUUCAAGACCACUAACACGUACCCCUUAUUCUGGUAAUACUUCAUCUACAGCAAAUGCGAAUGGACAUGAAAAAGUAUCUGGAAAAGCCGCACCUUCCUCUUCACCGGAAAUUGGAGGACAUAAUGCAGUGGAAAAAGAGACAGAGGAUGACGACCAAGAUGCAGAAAAGCCAAUCAAUGGCACUGAGGACGAACAUGAAAACAGUAAUGGGAAAGAGAGACCUAUUGCAUCAGUCAAUGAAUCAAAUGAUGAGGUUGAUCCUUAUUCUAUGUUGGGAGAUGAUUUCGGAGGUGCAACGAGUGGUUAUGCCGCUGAUGCUCCUAAACCGAAUUCGAGUGGGAUGAACGCUUUGCUUGCUUGAAUUUAAAGUUUUUAUGACGACUUUUACUAAUUGUAUAUUACCAUCUUUGAAUAUUAUUUAUUAUUG